CAGGCAACAUACAGCACAUGCUGUUGUUCCUUAUACUGACUGUGAAUGUUUAUGAGAACAUUGACUUUAUUCCGCCCAUCUUGAGCUGCGCGGUGUUAUCCUCCUUAACAAUCCAUAGCGCGCUGGAACCGUGAUAGCAAUGCAGGCCGCGCUGGCUACGGCGAUGGAUCCUUCCAGGCCUCUUGCACCCCGUGCCUCCGCCUCGCGCCCGCUUAUCGGCUGCAUGGCUCGGCCCGUUCCUUUCACACCCGCCGGAGCCCUCCUAGCCCGACAACAUGGCCACCAAAGCCGUACCGCACCUCCGACUCAGCAGCACCCCAGGCCAUGCCACGCGCCGACACUGAACCGGCCUGGUAGCGGAGUUGCAUGCGGCGCGUCUGCCGGAGCAUCUGCCAGCGGGGGUGACAACACCAGCGACCGCAACACCAGCAGCAGCAGCACCGCCAACACCACGGCAGUUGUCCUGACCCCUUUUGAGCAGAAGCUAGCUGGAUUCGCUGCAGGCUUCACGCGGUUGUUCCCCGUGUGGGUCAUCCUAGCUGCCGUGACCGCAUUCCAUGCACCGCAUCUGUACCUUUGGUUUGACAACACCUGCGUCACGUACGGCCUGAUGUUUGUCAUGGCUGGCAUGGGCUUGACGCUCACGUUUAACGAGAUCGCCUCCGUCUUCACCAAGCAGCCGCAGCUGCUGCUGCUCGGCAUGGUGCUGCAGUACACCAUCCUGCCUUGCUUUGGCUACGUCAUCUCGCGCUACCUGGCGUCCCAACCCGGCAUGGCUCCCGGGCUGGCGGUGGGCGUGGCGUUGGUGUCCUGCAUGCCUGGGGGCACCGCCUCGAACAUCGUGGCGUACAUUGCCCGGGGCGACAUGCCGCUGUCCAUCAUGAUGACCACCGCCUCCACCCUCAUGGCCAUCGCCACCACACCGCUGCUCACUUCGCUGCUGGUCGGGACACUGGUUCCCGUGGACCCCCGAGCCAUGUUCCUGUCCGUGCUGCAACUGGUGCUGGCGCCCGUGCUGGCGGGCACCGCAGUCAACCAGUUCUUCCCCGCUGCGGUGGCACGCGUCAAGCUCUACACGCCCUUCCUGGCUACCGUGGUGGUCUUCUUCAUCGUGGGUUCCAUGAUCGCCACCAACGUUGCGGUGGUGGCCUCCUCGGGCGCGGCCAUCGUGGCUGCGGUGUUCGCGCUGCACUCCACGGGCUUCUUCCUGGGCUAUGCGCUGUCCAAGGCGAUGGGGCUGUCCGACAAGAUCGCCCGCACCAACUCCAUCGAGGUGGGCAUGCAGAGCUCCGCGCUGGCGGCCGUACUGGCCAAAGUGCACUUUGCGGACCCCGUGGUGGUUGCACCGUGCGUGCUGUCCGCCUGCACGCAUGCCACGAUCGGCAGCUUGCUGGCGGGCUACUGGGCGGCGACGCUGAAGGAGGGAGAGUAAGGGUCAGGAGGGAGACCAAACCGCUCCCAAAGAGAGAGACGGUUCAAUGGAGGAGUGCGAGUGUGGAGAGUACGUGAUUGAGAAGAAUUUAAGAAGUUUUGAGUGUGGAAGCUUGGAAAAAUUAUAGUGCUGAGUGCUAAUCCUACGAUUGUGACUUGCGCUUGAUGUCUGUCAAUGAAGAGCCAUUGCUGAUAGCCAUGCGACUUCGUUCUCGUUGGGCUGUUGCUUAAACUAUGCAAUGGCCGGCAUGUAACAUGCCCAACACUACGACUCGGUUCGCCCCGUGCAGCAUGGUGACACGUGUUUUACCCGUGUGUUCGCAUGCCCCUGGCUUCCAUAACCCCAACAUCCC